UUAUUGCCAAGUGACCUAUUAUACCAUAUUAGUGAAGUGAAGUUUAGUAACCUGAUAGUUAUAAGCAAAUAUAUUGAAGUAGGGCUGAGGAACAAAAAUGGCUGAGAAAGAGGAUUGUGAAAGGAAAAAGGUGACUUUUACUGAGAGUCAAAUAAAAGAUUACAAGUCCACAUUUAACUUAUUUGAUAGUGAUAAUAGUGGUACCAUUGAUCUCAUGGAACUAGGAGAUCUACUGAGGGGAAUAGGACAGAACCCAUCCAACAAAGAAGUUGAAGAAUUAAUUAAGAAGCAUGAUGUUAAUCAGAAUGGCAGGAUGGAGUUUGAUGAGUUCCUAGAGUUGAUGAGUGUUACUGUGAAACCAGAAGAAGAAGUAGAAGAUGAACUAAGACAGGCAUUCAAAGUAUUCGAUAAAGAUGGAAAUGGAUACAUAUCUGCAAAAGAGAUGUUGGUAGUAUUGACCAAAAUGGGAGAGGAAAUGUCAAUGGAAGAAGUCGAGGAAUACAUAAUCAAACCCUGUGAUGUGGAUGGGGAUGGACGAAUAAAUUAUGAAGAGUUUGUAGAAAAAUUCAUGGGAACCAGUUAACGAUUGAAACAACGGCAAUACUGUGAGGUAGACAAUCCAGUCCAAUAAACAUUUACAUUGGUUGAGAAACAGUGCCUACAUGAGGCAGAUGACCGAGUCAAAUUUCACAAUUAUCUAUAGAGCUACAACCAAAACUUGGACUUCUUUUUAUGUAUUUCUGCUACAAAAAAACUGUUUAAAUGGUGCAAGGUGGCUCAAGGGUAUUUACCUAAAGUAUGAAAUAUAACAAAUAUGUACAUACAAUUUGAAUUUGAAAGAAAAAUAAAUGAAUAAAUGUUAUAAAUGUGCUUUGGUGACUAGAAUUAGAAUGUCAGAUUUCCUGUAAU